AACUCAAGAGUUUUAAACUUAAAUAUUUUAUCUUUCUGUAUCUUUGUAUGGAGUUAUUUUAAUGUUGCUCCCAAAUUGCUUUAUUUCCUUUAUCUUUCAAAUCAGUUAACUUAGAUCCUCAUCAUUAUGUGGAGAAUCUAAUCAGUUAGUAGUGUUUACUAUUGGUUGGUGAGACAAAAGAAAUUAAGUCAUUUGGGAGUAAUUUAGAUUUUAAUGAGGUAUGUUGAUAUCAGUUAGGAGAUUCUCAUACAAAAUAAAAUACAUUGCAUUACAUUUAUGUUUAAAUACUAAUGAAACGAACUAAGAAAAUGUUCACAAGGUUUACGUCAAUGCUUCAUAAUGCUGUUGAUGCAUUGUCACCUGAAGUGAGUAUAUUAGAACAGUUUAAGUAUCAUUGGAAAUGCAUUACACAGUAUUUGGUUGACACUGAUAAUAACAAAAUUUCUGUUGAAAGCACAAUAAUCCCCUACCAUAUGGCACAAAUGUUAAAUGUUUUACAAGAAGAAGAGAGAAUGAAUAAAAAUACGGGACCAGCAAUGGAGUUCAUGCUGCAGCAGAAAAUACUAGAAACUUUGCAAACGCUUGGUUGUGCAGAUUGUCCUGCAGGUAUGAAGCGACAAGUAUUACAUUUCUUUACAAAUUUACUUGGAAAAACAAAACAACAAAUAUUGCCGCAUGUCAACGUUCAUAAACCAGUUAUUAAAAUGAUUAAGACUUGUGGAAUUGUAAAAGCUGCUCCUACAGAAUCUGAGGAAGUCCAGUUCUUACUUCAAGUAUCUUCAAAGCUUAAACAAGAUUCUCAACUUGUGAAUUUUUUUUUGCAGAAGGAAAGUGCAGAAAACAGUUCAACUACCACAUCUUUAAACAAUGAACGUGAACAGCCUGAGUACAGUUUGGUUGAUGCCUUGCUGGCUUUAACAAAAAGCGAGGACAGCAGAGUAGCAAUCAAAGCUUGUGAAGGUCUUCUUUUGUGCAGCUCAAUUGCUGAAGAUAGAGCCGCUCAUGUUAUUGUGUUAUAUACAGCUUUUUGCGAAAGAAUGGCUGAUCAACUUUCAAAGCUUUUCAAAAGUUUACCAGCUGUUAUUGAUCCUGCUGAUUUAAACCAAUUAACUGCAACAUGGGGAUUUGACCUCGAAGAUCAAAUGGUGUCUUCAUUUCCCGGUAAAAGACAGCUGAUUGCAUUUUUGUCAUGGUUGGAUUACAUUAAUCAACUAAGUUUAGAAGCACAUCCACUAGUUACAAGGGCACUGGCUUCAUCAAUUCGUGAAAGGUUUAUAUUGACAGCUAUUGAACCAGGACUUUCUCAAACUUCAGAACCAUGUGCAAUAACAGUGACAGCCAUUUUAACAAGAUGUUUAAAACUAAUCACAUCUCAUGUACUGGCUCAUGAGUUUGCAGAUAUUUUGCUUGGGACUGAUCAAAAUCCAGAAACAGAAGGUUGCUCAAGCCCGCAUAAGCUGCGGAGAUUGAUUAUUCAAAGAGUAAACCAUUUAUCUGACCAGCUUGCUGUAGAGUCGCUUCGUCUAUUUAAUGCUCUGCUUCAUCUUUCAUAUCAGCCAAUAAUAGAAACAUUAAUUAUUAGGAAUUUUAAACAAAGAAGUUAUUUAGAUAUAAAAAAAGUUGAUUCUCAAAAAAAUACAGUUUAUAAUCCUCAGAAAAAUUUUAAUAAUAAAGUAAAUGAAUCCAUUAUAAAUAAAAGUAAAUGCAAUUAUGCUUUGAAAAAAGAGUCUAUUAGCAACAUUACACCGAACAAAAUAGAAACUGUUACAGAAAACUCAAAUGAACUUGCGAUAAAUGCAUUAAAUUUUGGAAACAGUAAUGAUGAAAAAGAAUUUGAUUCUCAACAACUUGCAAACAAACAUUUAAUAAAUCAUGAUGAAUGUUUUCAUUUAUGUGAUUAUGAAUAUGAUGAAAAAAAAAGUAAAGUUAUUGAAAAUGAAAAUGAAGUAGUGACUUUAGAUAGUGAUGAAAGUAAAGAUGAAAGUGUUUGCAGUAGAAAUGAAGAAAGGUAUCUAACGCAGGGAGAUUUUUUAGAUGAAGUAUCAAUAGGAACGUUCAAUAAAAGAAAAGUUGAAAAAACCGUCAAUGGAUUCUUACUGUUACUUCCAGAUGCGUUAAAAAGUUCAGAUGUUUCCACAGAAACGAGUUAUGAAAGUUAUUUAAGAGAUGCCCACAAACAAUGUCAGCAGCGAGCCCUACAAACAAAAUUGUACCAAUGGCCAACCAUAAAAGAUUGUUCAGAUGAUAAUCUUGAUGUAUCGGACGUUCAGUUUUAUGAAGGUUCAUUUCUUAGAACAAUUCUUCAAAGAUUACAGAGGAUCUUAGAUCAACCUUAUGAUAUAAAUCUUGAAAUUACUUCUGUGUUGUCAUUGAUUGCUCAGUAUCGACACCCAUAUCUUCACGAGUUUCUCUUUGAUACAGGCUUUGUAAAAGAAACUGUUUUUACACCAUAUAAAAUCUUACAAAAGGUUUGUUAUGAUUUAAAAAUUCGUGCGCAAUCUGUACCAAAUUUUUCUUCUACUUUAAUUGCAAUGCGAAGAAAAUUAUCUGGAAAUUUUGAACACGAUAAUGACCCUGAAAACUUUUUUUUUGAAGGUGUUAUUGUGUUAGAAGAAUUCUGCAAGGAAUUGGCAGCCAUAGCAUUUGUUAAAGCCACAGUCGAUUAUUCAUUUAACACGUCUCUUUAAAGUUAUACUAUAUAUUAUUGAAAUUGAAAUGUUUUAUAUAUUAGCAUUAGUGAUCGACCGUCAUUUAGUUGAGUUUCUGUUCUGGCAAUAAUAAUGGUGGAGAACAAAAUUUUGGUUUAGGUUCAAACUAGAAUUUAGAUAUCAUUUUCAAUAUCUUAAUUUUAUAAAAUCAAUUAUCAAAAAUUUGGUUCAAAAGGUUACCAAAAAAAGAUUUUAUGUAGAAUAGAUAUUAUCUGAGUUGAAAGUAAAUAAUUUUUUGUUUGCUUUAAUUUUAAACAUAAAAACUUUCAACUUGUAAUAAAAAAUGUUUUAGAUGCCAUUAUAGAUAAGCUGAUUGGAAAGUGUUUGAAACUCUUUUUUUAUUUUAUGCAUUCUAAUUCUUUUGUACAAUAAACUUUAAAGACAACAAAAAGUCUUAGCAAAUAAAAAAGAUAGACUAGAAUUUAAAAUUGACUUUUAAAUUUUCCAGUAAUUGAAUUCUGAUGUUAUUUAAUUUUUAGUUCUGGUUAUGAUUUGCAUAUAUUUUCAGUUCUGAUUCCUGCAAAUAAAGUAAAAAACUAAUUUUGCUAGGUUCCAGUUCCAGCAAAAUAUUAGUGCCUGUCGACCACUAAUUUGCAUGCAUUUUUAUUUUGGUUAUUUAAAUUUUAUUGGUUUUAUUUUUAUUUUUUUAACAGAUAUUUUUGGUUAUUUUAAUAUUUAUGGAUUUAAAUUUUAAAUACACAAAAGUUUUAUUUAAAUGAAUUUAUAUCAAUUUUAUAACUACCAAAUAUUAAAACACGGAUGAAUUUUAUUUUUCUCUGUUUUUUGAGUAAAAGAGUUGAAAGUUCUUGAA